UUUAAUUUUAUUACUUUUUUUCCAUGUCAUGAAAUGAGACGGAAAAUGUUUUGCUAUGAAUUAUCAAAUCGAACAUCAUGAAGAUUUUCUAAACUGUUGGAAACUUUGCAGUAGUUCAGUGUUCAAGAAAAUAUUUACAUUCGAGUUAUACUUAAUCACAAUCAGCAUUUUACUUGUUUUCGCUUUUGCGCAUCUCAUGUGUGAUUAAACCAUACUGUGAACUUAAGCAAACAUCAAAGCAUAAGUAAAUUGAGCGAACGUUUAAAGAAUUUUUGUAAAGUACUGGUGGCAUUUAAAAGAUGGAAUCAACAUCAAGUAGUUCAAAAAGGUCAACAAAACCUGAAGGCCAUGAAUCAGAGGAAUCUUCUUCUAAUUUAGAUGGAAAUUCUGCUAAGGAACCUGUCAAUGGAAAACGUUUGAAGAAAGAUGACAGUGGAAUUAAUAUAAUACCAGAAAGUGAUAACUCUGAUGGAAGUGAUUCUUCUGAUAAUAGUAUUGUAUGUGUCUUGUCUUCGAAGUUGUGUGACCAAGCAAAUGAAAUUUCAACAGGUCCUGAUGAAAGUGAGAAAGACAGUAAUGAUUCUGGUAAUUUAGAAUCUAUUAGUAUGACAGAAUCAGAAGCUGCUGCAGCAGAAGAAAAUUCUGCAAUUGCUAAGCCUUUUGAAAGUUUUCCUUGUUUACAAGAUGCUAUACGUAAAAAAGCAUCUCGUGAUCCCCCUGGCAUUAUUAGUUCAUCAGAUAGUGAGGAUGAUAUUGACAUUGAAAAAGUUAAACCAAAAAAUAAAGAAAUUAAAAAUUUUGACCCAACACCAAAUGCUCCAAGACCAAAACAUAAUUGGUCAGCACCUAAAUCAAUUCUUUCUCGCCAAUAUGGUUACAGUUCCAAAUAUUCUCCAGAUCUCUUUAGAUAUAAUUGUUAUGGUGCUCUUCAUAUGGUGGAGCGUUUAGAGCUUAUGUAUAAGAUGAAAAAACAUGAUGGUUGUGUUAAUGCUCUGAAUUUUAACACUACUGGAACUAGAUUAGUAAGUGGUUCUGAUGAUUUACAUGUGAUAGUAUGGAACUGGACUAUAUCUGAACCUGUUCUAGAGUACAGAAGUGGACAUCAAGCAAAUGUCUUUCAGGCAAAGUUUAUGCCUCUCAGUAAUGACUGCUUCAUAGUAACUUGUGCUAGAGAUGGAGCAGUACGCCUUGGCGAGCUAUCCUCGGAAGGUGUAUGUAAAGGUACAAGGAAACUUGCUCAACAUAAAGGAUCUGCUCAUAAGCUUGCACUGCAAAUGGAUUCUCCACAUUAUUUUUUAACUUGCGGGGAAGACGCUGCUGUUUUUGGAAUAGAUUUGCGACAGGAAAAGCAUAAUAAAUUAUUAGUCUGUAAAAGUAAAGAAAAGAAGGUGCCUUUGUAUACCAUUUUCAUCAACCCUCAAAAAUCUUAUGAAUUUGCAGUUGGUGGUAGAAGUCAAUAUGUGAAAGUCUAUGAUACCCGUUAUCCUCUUGAUACUGCUUAUAAAGACUUUUGCCCUGAACAUUUAGUGAAUGAUAAUAAAGUAAAUGUAACUUCUCUAGUUUACAAUUAUACUGGAACAGAAAUCUUGGCAUCAUAUAAUGAUGAAGAUAUUUAUUUAUUUGAUGCUGCAGCAACGGAUACCACAGAAUAUAUUCACAGAUAUAGAGGGCAUAGGAAUAAUCAAACUGUGAAAGGUACUAAUUUCUUUGGAUCUAAGAGUGAGUACAUAAUGAGCGGAAGUGAUUGUGGUUGUAUAUUUUUCUGGGAAAAACAAUCUGAGCACAUUGUGAAAUACAUGUAUGGAGAUGAAGGAGGAGCAGUUAAUUGUUUAGAGCAACACCCAACUAUGCCCGUAUUAGCCACAAGCGGUCUUGAUGAUGAUAUUAAAAUAUGGGUGCCAUCCUGUGAAGACCCUCCUGAUUUGAGCAACUUAAAAACGCAUAUAUCCCGAAAUAUGCAAGAAAGGGAAGAAGAUCAUUCUAGGGAAUAUCCUGAUGCUUUUGUUGACCAAACAAUUUGGUUCCUGAUGCAGCAUCUUUCUAGAUCUAGACGAAGGCAAAUUGAAGGUUCUAGCGAAAGGGAUGAUAGUGAUUCCAGUACGUCAUCUGAUGAUGAUAUGGAAGUUUCUGGUGUAUCAGCUCCUCAGUGCAAUCAAUCAUAAAAAGAAAGAGGACUCUUUUUUCUCAUCCAAAUUCACUACGGAGAGAAAAUUUUUUGUUUGGGAUUGUUAUGAGGAUUUUAGUUUUGAAUAAAGAAAGCAAUAUUAUAAUCAAAAGGAUUGUUAAAAAAAAUUAUUAUGCUUUUUUUGCCUUAUCAGAUAGUUUCAUUACUCCUAUUUUUGUACAUAUAUAUAUCUAUAUAUUUGAUUUAUUUGUACCAUGCGAAUCUUAGAUUUCUCUAAUUUCUUAUGAAGAAAUUUUGAUGAUUAUUCUAUUUGAAAAUAGAAAUGUGGAUGCAAAAUUAUAAUAUCUUCGAGACUUAAUUGUUGUGUAACUGUGAAAAUAUAUCUGUUUAAUAAAAUUAAUUUUAUAUGAA